GGGCAUAAGAUAGGUACGUAGGUAUUUAUAUAGUGGAAGAUAGAGAUCUACUAAGGCUGAGAGUUCCGAAAAUAUAUUCAACCACAUGCUAGUAGAACCAGGAUCCAGGGACGGUGAGACCACUCUAAUUUGCCAACUCGCAUCUGGCCACGCAGUUAUCUUUGGAAAUGCCGGGCGAACUGUGUGCACUAUCUCAAGUUAUUUACAACACAGGUUUACAUACCCUAGAUAAGCCAGAAAUCGACGAGCCAUGAUUUGAAAUCUUCGAGAAUUUCGCCGUUGGGGGGGACUGAAUGGAGUUCUUAUUCGUCGAAACGACGUCCUAUCUACCGCAGGCUAAAUCUAUUAAUAUACAAGUAAAUUGAUAUUAACCGACCGAAAAUGGCGUCCAGCGGCAUAUAGGAGAAGGGGUGGUAGCAGAACCAUGUAUUUAGGAGCUGAGACCCAGGUUAUCGCACAGGCUCCCCUGGCAUUCCCACUACAAGCCUUCGAUUCUCGCUGACGGUAUCAAUCAUCUCGCCCAAGAUGCAGUGGAAAGCUCUCACCCUCGCCCUCCUCGUGGAGCGUGGCUUCGGCCAAGGGAUGUUCCCGAUGAUGCGGUUCAGCUGCUCGCAGCUCGUCGUCGAUCGUCUCGACCCCCUAGUCACACCCGGCUCCAUCCCGUCGCCGCACUUGCACCAGAUCGUCGGCGGCAACUCCUUCAACGCGUCCAUGGACCCCGCGACGCACGACCUCCCUUCCUCCUCUACCUGCACCAGCUGCACCUUCUCCGAAGACUUCUCCAACUACUGGACCGCCGUCCUGUUCUUCAGAGCCCGCAACGGGACGUACAAGCGCGUGCCCCAGUUCGCGAGCGAGGGUCUCCGAGCCGACGGCGGCAUCACGGUGUACUACAUCCCCGCGGCCGAGGGCCAGGGCAACGUGACCGCCUUCACGCCCGGCUUCCGCAUGCUCGUCGGAGACGCCGCCGCGACGGCGCCGGGUACCGCGCGCAAGGUGUGCCACCGCUGCAUGCCGAAGACGGGAGACAACAGCAACAUCAACUGCGGCCCUCCGGACAGCCAGGCCCUGCCCGCGGGCCCGUGCGAGGGCGGUAUUCGCUCCGUCAUCACCUUCCCUACCUGCUGGGACGGCGUGAACACGGAUAGUCCGGACCACAUGGCCCAUGUCGCUUAUCCCGAAGGGUCAUCUGAGAACGAUGUUGGCGCGGCCGGGACCUGCCCGGAGAGCCACCCGGUGAAGAUACCGCAGGUCAUGCUCGAGGUUAUGUGGGACACUCGGCCUUUCAACGACGAGAGCUUAUGGCCCGAAGACGGUUCGCAGCCUUUCGUCUGGUCUACUGGUGACAAGGACGGAUUCUCGCAGCAUGGAGACUACGUCUUCGGCUGGGAAGGCGACUCUCUUCAACGCGCCAUAGACGCCCGCUGCAACGGUGCGGUUUGUAACGUGCUCAAGACUCAGUCGUCAGAGGCGGCGAUGAAGUGCACCAAGUCGCGGGUUGUUGAGGAGGACAUCGAUGGAUGGACAACUUCAAUUCCAGGCCAAGCCAUGUAAGGUAGAUCGGGGUUGGCGGGAUUUUGGAUUUGGAUAGCUAGAAGCGCGCAGUAUUAGAUUGAAUUGUUAGUAAUAAACAUUCCAAUUAAGAUGUUGACUUUGUAUAAGUGUUCCUUACCAGCCUAAUCGCUUGGAAUUUCAUCGUGUUUAUGUGAAAUAGUGGGUAUGCAUUCGCUAAAGGGGGGGGUCGUCAGUGGCUUCAGCGGGCUGUCUAUUCCGUAAUUGGAGGUCUCAUGUUACCUAGUGUAAGCCGGGGUGUAGAAAGCUAAAAUUCUAGGGGAUCAAAGCCGUCUAUCUAAAUGGAUGUGUUUUCUCCAUACUCCCGGAUA